AUAACCCAUAUUCUUGCAAUACAGGAACAUUACGGAGACAUUUUAGCUCAUAACUGUGAAAUACGAUGCUCCUGCCAAUGAGAAGGUCAGAUAUCAAGAUCAUUUUUUCUGACCUGCCACCAUUAAGCUUUGCCGCACUGGGCAAAACGUUUGACCUCCCUGCACGUAGAAUCAGGGGCCUGCGUGAAUAUUUGUAAAUUCUAAUGCAGAUGGAUGACUGAAUCCACUAUUUUUAUAGUAGUACUGAAUGAGAAGAAUGUAAGCUUGAAAAUUGUGAUUAGCGAAAUAUGAUACGAGAUGUGCAUUCGUUUCACGGCACAGAAGUUGUAUUUUCCGUGGGUCACGGUAAAUAAACCGUGUGCGGAACGGAUUCUUGAGGUACAUGAGGGAUGAUUUUUAUACGACUUCGUAGAAUAGGGACUGCUCCAAAGAUCUGAGGCGUUGAGUGGACGAAAUACGGGAAAUUACAGCGAAAACUAGGCUUGAUGCGAGGAAGGGGUCCAUACUUGUUUAAAUAUAAGUAUUGUUCACAUUAUUUGACGGAAGCAAGCCCAUGUGCUCUGUACUGAAAACUAUUGGCGGUACUUACAAAAUUAAGAAGGUGCUAACUUAAAUGAAGUUUACAGAACAAAAUCAACAAUAAACCAGAGGUGGAGAAAUUGAAAAUUUUAUUAAUAAACUGAAAUGAAAGUUAAAUCAAUAAUGAAAUUAAAAAAAACUUAACUCCGAAGUAUUAAGGUAGAAUCUGUUUCAAAUAUUAUGAAAUGAAUUGUACACAAUCGUCCUGAGAAGUGCCAGCCACUUUGCGCUUUACUCUUGCCUUAUAAUUAUUUUUUUGGUGUUAUAACAUUUAUUUCCAUAUGAACAUAUACACUAUUUGUACAUGUAUGUGAAUAUAUGAUGACAAAACAUAAGUAUAUAUUAUUGAUGUCAAGCAUAAAGAUAUGGUAACAUAUCUAGAUCUUUGAUAUCAUAUCUGAUUUUGUCUUGCCUAUUAUGCCCACAACAAGCAUCGCAAAACCAAUUCGGGUACUAGUAUGUAAAAGUAGACUAUGCUUAGUGAGCAAAUUCAAAACCCAAUUUAGACGUAAGGGUGCACAUUUGGCAAUAUUAUUUUUUAAUCUGAAUACAAAUUUGGUCAUCAUUCAGUAAAUGGGAUAUUCUUCCUCAUAAGUACGUAACACUUUUAACGAAAACAUUUACGGGACAAACACAUUUAUAUAACACACUCAUAAAUGAAACAAAUGUUGACUAAAACAUUUUAUUGACAAUACACUCUUGGAUAUUGCCUCUAUGAAUCAAUCAUGCAUAAUUCAGAUUCACACGCGACGUAAGAAACCCACACCAACGUUCUCCUCUUAAUGAAAAUAACCCGAAAUAUGUAUGAUUUUAGCGGUAAAUCUUCACUCGUAAAGUUUUAAACUGUUUAGAUAAAUCAAGUGCUGAUGGUCUGUUUCUAAAUCGAACUCGCGCUCAUACAAAAUCUUUUGAGACUUCUGUGUUGACCAAAUGAUUGACAAAAAAAAAAUGAAGAAUAAUUUUUUUAAGCAUCGUUGAAUUCCUAAUUAUAUUGCGAUGGGAUGUUUCUGUCCUUUUUUCUCCUGUAAAUGAGGCUAAAGACAUGUUCUAGUUUCAAAAUCGUUGAGGACGUCACGGAUCACUUCAGAUGUGGAAACACUAUUUCCUGUUACUCUGUAAUCUGUAGUAGACAUGUUAGUGGUAAGAAACAAUUUGGAAUGAAUUUCCGGGGGGGGGGGGGGGGGGGAUACCAAAUCGAGGAAUGCUUGCAGUGGUUUCCUCGUAGAAGGGUAACUGGCUUCCUAAACGACUUUCACUUUAUCUGGAAUUGUAUCAUUUCCCUUCCAAAUAUAUAAUUCAAACAUUCCAGUUGAUGAUAAGCAAUGACACAUUUUCUUUGUUUCUUUUCGUAGUCUAUGUAAAACUAAAUUGUACUAAAAUAUGAUCUUUAAAUGUCUUCGAAAGUAUCAGGAUACCAUUGAUGCAGUUACCCACAUUAGACAAAUGACGAAAACCCGCACGCAAUAUAAGGCAUUUUAGUGCAGUUCUUUUUUCUUCUUUCUUUCUAUGCAAUACAAGAUACACAUGUACAUGUAUCUGGUCUGACAAAAUAAUAUUGCCCUGUCUAACAGAACCUUUAAUUCUGUCAGACCAAAUGUCUGACAGUGAUUUAAAAAAUUCGACAAUUCUGAAAGUAUCUGAUAUAUUUUUUUCGUUUAUACAGUUAUAUUUAGACCGUGUUUGUGUGAAGUAGAAUGAGUGAGGGCGAAUUUUAUUUUGUUUCAUUUUCGUUGAUUUUCUAAAUAAAUUUAUUUUUGUUUGUUGUACAUUGUAUAUCUAUUAUUUUUCAAUUUCAGUAUAACAAUAUAAAUAAUAAGAAACGACUUAUUACAAUGCUCAUAUGUACAACAAUCGAGAUUCAGAAAAUAAAGCAAUGGUCUAAAAUAUGGGCUGUGAAAAAACAAUCAAUCUAGAUAUCACAAGAAAACACAUCUUGCAUCCUGAAGUAAAAUUUGGUUAUAAUGGUCCGGAAGUUCUGAACACAGAAAAUCAUACUCAUUUAGGAUUACAAUUUCAAUCUGAUAGCACUUGGAGAUCACAAUAUUAGAUAUUUAUGAAAAGGUAUCUAAUAGACUUAUGCUGAAAUAUACUCUAAAUAGGCAAUCUCUAAUAUAAAAAAAAAUAUUUUUCUUUUAUUCGCCCUGUUAUUGAAUAUGGUAAUUUAGUUUGGGAUAAUUGUACAGAAAGAGAAUCCAAUUUACUAGAGAAUGUUCAGGUAAAUUCUUCCAGGUCAGCACUAUAUGAUGAAUUGGGCUGGGAUAGCUUAUCAACCAGAAGAAAAGUUCAUAAACUUAUUCUAUUUUACAAAAUAGUAUAUGGAAUUGCUCCCCAAUAUCUUCAAGAACUUUUGAUAACUUAAAUUUCUCCACAAAAUUUAUAUCAAUUGAGAAACUAUGAUAAUCUUAAAUUCAUUCUUCCUCAAAUUAGGACCUCAUCAUAUAUGAAUAGCUUUGUACCUUCACCAAUUAAACUAUGGAAUGACCUACCAGCCCAUAUUAGAAACCUUCCUACUCUUACAUCAUUUAAAACUGUUAUAAUAAUAUGUACUACAAUAAAUCAAAUAAACUGUUUAAUCAUGGUAUAUCUACCUACCUAUCCUCUUCGACCCAUGGUCGGCUCAUAAGGCUUGACAGCAUCUUCCGCCAUCUCACUCUGUCAUUUGCUACUGUAACUGCUUCGCUCCAAGUUUGCCAUCCUAGUUGUUCGCGUUCUGCCUCUGCACUUCUUCGCCAUGUUGUUUUUGGGCGACCUCUCUUUCUCUUACCCUCUGGGGCCCAUGUCAGGGCUACUCUGGAGUUGUUGUCAUGUGGUUUCCUCAGAGUAUGUCCUAUCCAUAUCCAUCUUUGGCAUUUAACAAUUUCACCUACUGGGCAUGUCCUUGUCCUACAGUAUAGUUCAUUGUUAUUGACUUUCAUUGGCCAGAAGAUGCGGAGUACCCUUCAUAGACAUUUUCUCUGAAAAGUUUCCAAUCUGGUGACAUCACUUUCAUUCAGUUUCCAUAUUUCUGCUCCAUAGAGUAGCACAUACAUCACAUUGACCUUUGUUGCUCUGCUGUAUUUGGUGGACUUCCAAAGAGGAUUAAGCAUUGCAAAUGCAUUCCUGGCUAAACUCAGUCUGUGCUUGAUGUCUUCUGUUGUCCCUCCUGUCUUGUUGACAAUAGCACCAAGGUAUGUGAAAGUGUCCACAUCCUCAACGUUUCUUCCCUUGAUUGUGGUAGGAUUGGUUUCCUUGUUGUUAAUUCUCAACACCUUGGUCUUGUUCGUGUUGAUCCGGAGACCAAUACUUUCAGCAUGUUUACACAGUCUUUCGGUCUUUUCCUGCAUGUGCUGGUGCUUACUAGAUAAGAGGGCAAUAUCAUCAGCGUAAUCAAGGUCUUCUAGCUGGUUGAUAAACUUCCAUCUGAUGCCUGUUCUCUUUCCGUUGGUGGUAUUCUUCAUAACCCAGUCCACAGCAAUUAUAAAAAGGAAGCCUGACAUCACACAUCCCUGUCUGACUCCAGUUUUCACUGAAAACCAUUCUGAUGACUGUCCAUUGUUGAUGACACAGCUACUACUACCAUUGUACAUUUCUUUAAUCAUCUCGAUAAAAAGAUUUGGAAUUCCAUAUGACUUCAGGAUCUGCCAAAACUUCUCCCUGUCUAGGCUAUCGAAAGCUCUACGGAAGUCAACAAAGUUAAUGUACAAGGAUGAAUGUCAUUCAAUGCACUGGUCUACGAUGUUACGCAGUACAAAAAUCGGUUCAGAUGUUCCAUGUCCUUUCCUGUAUGCUGCCUGUUCAUUUCUCAACUUUUCUUCUACUCCUUUCUUAACUCUCUCUAUAAGAACCCUGCAGAAGACUUUCCCUGGUAUUGAGAGCAGUGAUAUUCCUCUACUGUUGUCACACCUUGUAAGAUCACCUGAUUUUGGUAUUUUAGCAAUCAUCGAUUUCUUCCAAUCGCGUGGCAUACUGAUGUUUUUCCUUACAUUCUCAAACAUAUGUAGCAGUUUCUUGGAUGUUAUCUCACCUCCAGCUUUUAACAUUUCUCCAUUUAUGUUGUCUACACCUGCUGCUUUACCAUUUUUCAACUUCUUUAUUGCAGGCCUCAUUUCCUCCCCUGUAAAAGGGCCAGUGUUGAUUUCCUCGAUGGUUUCAAUGUUGCUGAUGUUGAUCUGAUUGACACCUUCAUCCUCAUUACACUGGUUUUCAAUAUUCAACACUUCUUCAAAGUGAUCUUUCCAUCUUUUAAGUAUCUGAUCAGCGUCAGUGAGUAGUUUGCCGGUCUUAUCCCUUACUCCUGAUGUUGCCUGCUCUUCUUAUUACACAGCUCUUUGGUAAUCUUGUACAGAGUUCCCAUAUCAUUUCUGUUUGCUGUCUCCUCUGCCUCCUCAGCAAGUCCAUUUAUGUAAUAUCACUUAUCAGCUCUAGUCUUUUUCUUCACGUUAUUAUCCAUUUCACUGUACCUCUGUUGUUUAAUGGCACGUAUCCUUUCAGAAUAUGCGUUGUUUACUUCACUCUCCAUCUUUUUCCUUUCAUCUAUUGCUUUCCAGGUUUCAUUACUGAUCCACUCCUCCUUAUGCUUUCUACGUUUCUUGCCUAUGAUCUUUUCAGCCGUCUCUGUGUAAACUGUUGUAAAGUUGUCCCAUUCUGCUUGUAUGUUGUUCUCAUCUAUAGUAUCCUGCCCUUCUAGUGCUUCAAACCUUUUACUUAAUUCUAAAGUGAACUGUUUUUGGGUGUCUUUUUGUUUUAAUAAUGCGGUAUUGUACGCUACUCUUUUGCUGUUGUUUCUAGCUCUGUGUUGUGAUAAUCUUAGCUUCAGUUUUCCAACUACUAGAUUGUGGUCAGUUCCAGCAUCUGCCCCUCCCACAGCUCGUACAUCUGCAAGAGAUCUUCUAUAUCUGUCAUUGACAAUGAAGUGGUCAAUUUGAUUUCUAUCUCUAUUGUUUGGUGAAUUCCAUGUGUAUUUAUGUAUGUCCUUGCGUUUAAAUAGCGUUCCUCCAAUAACUAGAUUGUAUUCCUCGCAUAAUCCAACCAGUCUUUCACCAUUCUCAUUGAUGUCACCCAGGCCUUCUUUCCCCAAUACUCUCUUGUGAUCCAUGUUGUUACUACCCACUUUGGCGUUUGCAUCUCCUAUGAUAAUUAGCAUAUCAUGUGUAGGUGUUAUCUCAAUCUCCUUCUGCAGUUGUUCUUAGAAGGCAUCUUUUCCUUCUUUAUCAGCAUCGUUGGUUGGGCUGUAGAUUUGUAUGAUGAUGGCUUUCACAUAUUUUGAGUUGAAUCUAGCACUCAUGAUCCUCUCAUUUACUGGGUUCCAUUUGAUUAAGCACUUCCUGGUCUCCGGGCUUAACAUGAGUCCUACGCCUCUAUGAUGUUGGUCUUCUGAUCCAGAGUACAGGAUUGUCUCUCCGGAGUUAACCCUCACUUCUCCAAACCCAGUCCAUCUCAACUCGCUUAUACCAAGUAUAUCAGGUGGUACCUUCUCAUCUCUCUUGCUACAAUUGCAGUUUUUCCGGUGCUCGUGAAAACCUCGAGAAACGCGCACCCUUCCUCUUUAUUUCUCAAUAUUUUUUGUUUUUUUUUAACUGGUUGCGCUGUCCCCCCUCUCUAAAUAAGUAAAUGAACAGACAACCAAACAAACACAUAAAUGAAACUUAUGUGCUUAGUCCCAUAUAACCUACAUACAAAAGUUUAGCUCAAUCGGUUCACAAACACCAGAAUGACAGUCGAAAAUAGUUCGCUAUGAUUACAGCUCGCGGUGCUUUGAGCUCGCGAUCAAGAUAUUUCAUGUGAUGGGAAGCACAUGCCAGGAACACAUGUAACCCACAUAUCGAAUCACAAACACCAGAGAUAUUGCAGAGUUGCUGAAAAUUGUACACAGCGCGUAGCGCUUUAAGCUCUCAUUUCAGAAUUCUCAUUUUUCGGGAGGCAUGUCAGAGGGAUACUUGUAAUCUACAUACAAAAUUACAGUCCAAUAGGUCGACAAACACCAGAGAUAUGGGUGCGGGAAGACAGACAGACCAAGUGAAACCUAUGUACCACCAUAUCAGAGGGGGUACAAUAAAAUAACUAGAUGUGCAAUUUAUCCUAAAAACGUUAAUAAAAUACUGGCGGGCGACGAUUUAGGACGGGCCACGAUUUGGGGUGUACUAUAGUACAUCCCAAAUCGUCGCUCCUAAUGAUAGUGCAAUCUUGUCCCAAAUCAUCGCCGGGGUGACGAUUUGGGAUGCCGGGCGACGAUUUGGGAUGGGGCGACGAUUUGGGGUGUAACAGGGUGUUGGUAGUAGUGUGCAUACUUCAUAUGACUGUGCAGAUAUCUUCCCCACCCGUUCAUUUUUAUAGGCGGAGGAAAUUCAAACCUCGAAUAAAUAUUUCUCUCCGAUCUAUGUUGCCUCUUUUUACCUUUUAUCUUUAGGUUUCAGUAAGCUGUACUAAAUGUGUCAUUACCACAAAAUGCUAAGUUAUCCACGUUUUACACGUAAUAAAAAUAGCUCACAGUGGCGGAUUUAUAGGGGGGGGGGGCACACCCCUAAAAUAUUCAGAUUUAAGAUAAAACAUGGUCUCUUGUGUAGAAAAAAAAAUGAUAAAAGAAGCAAUCUUUUCCCCCAUUUCUAUAUAUAUAUUUUUAAAAACGUGUCUUUUUUUAAUUUGUGAAUCGCAGUUCUAUACAAAAUGUUUCCGCAGUUACUUCAAUAUGCACUUUUCCGAUCAUGAAGAAAAGAAAAAAAUAGUUGACUUCUUUUCAAAAGUUACCGUCAGACCAGAUUAUGGUGGCAAAAGAUUUGUAUUAAUUUGUAAUAUAUUUUUUGCAACAUAAUUUAACGUUUAGGUAAGAUUCAUAUAUACAUUCUGAAAAAAAUUGUACUUGACGAUGCUGUUAAUUGAAUCACAGGUGCUUGUUUUCAGAAACCACUCUUUCCCCCGUGCCACCACAGGCAGUCUUCUGUCUCUGAAUAGCCACUUCAGUGCAAUUAAUUUUGUUCUGUUUAAAUCUCUCUAAUGCAUGUCCACAAUGUCUUACAUUUUCAAAAAAAAUAUCAUUACGAAAAAAAAAUGAUAGAAAAUAAAAACCAAGGGAUGAUUUGUAAAUUGCUUUCAUAUUUGAAUAUAUUGCGCAAUUUGCCUGUGUUUUGACAGUUUACGGCAAUGGCUAUAGUUGUAUUAUGUUUAGAAUUAUACUAAAUGAAUAUUAGACUAUGUCAUUAAAUCGAUAGUUUAAACGUCAGCCAUCUCGACAUGUUUGACAUACAUGUAAGUGUAUUAAUUACAUGUAUAAGAGCAUACUUGCGCCUGCUAAAUUAGAAGUGAUUUCAAUUUGAGUAAUUUGGUAUGAACUCCAACUAAUCAAUUGAUUUAAAAUAACCCUGCCUCUUAUCUACGCUUUCUACCAAAGAAAAGAGUUCCCCUCCCUUGACCCGCAAGACUGUACAUGUACAUUUUUUCUCUAUGAAAAAUAUCUAAAACUUGAUAAUAGUUUCCGUUCACAUCAUUCUCAGGAAUGUACUUGCAUAUUGUCAAAAUAGUGAAAUAAUAAUUAUAUGAAAAAUUAUUUGUGGAAUAUCCGACUCUACUUUUGGUCAUACGUAUUAAGCAUUACAGUUGUAGCGGUCAGCCGGGUUCGAUCGCCGGUGGCCAGUUACCUCAGUUGGUAGAGCACUUGACUAGAGAAUUCAGGGGGCCCCGGUUCGCAUCCUGGUUUGGAACGUUGCAUUUUCUCCCUUCAUUUUACAAAGUACAAACAGCAUAUUAGUCUGAUUGUCUCUCUGAUCUAUGAAUGACAAUGACGGAUCCAGAAAAUUUACAAAGAGGUGGGUGUGACACAAGUUUAUACCUUCUUCGCCCAAGGAAGGGGCAGGGGUUGUAGUUGGUCGUAUAUUUUUAACGUUCCGCUCGAAAAUUUUACACUCAUAUGGAGACGUCACCAUUGCCGGUGAAGGACUGCAAAAUUAUGGAUUAAGGUGUAGGGAUACGAAGGAAAAAGUAAUCUGUAUACGGUAUUUUAUUCUCAUAGCAAUAAUGAAAGAUGGAUCUCAAAUAGCAAAGUCGUCGUGCUCCACUUAUCUUCCUUUUCGGAGCUUACAUUGUAUGUGAGAGAAAUGGCGGGUAGUUUAAGCCAGUGUGAUCAACAUUUGAAGUAACUCCAGUCAACAUUGUCAUUGAAGAAGUUUCUACUGAGAGUUCAGAAGUCGAACCUGUGAGUGACAACCCUUAUCCUCUCACAGACUUCCCACUUCAUAAUUUGCAAACAGAGUGCGUAGCUGAGAUGUCCGCUGAACAUACACAAGAUGUCAAUUGUAAUAGCAGAACCCCACUGGUAGAAGAAUUGACAGAAGGAUUACUUCAUUUUUGUAGUAAUAAUACAAGGAACGUGGCCUCUGUGGUUUGAAUACUAUUGAAAAUGGUGACAUGGAUUAAUGCAGUCCUAAAACCCUCUUGAAAGCUUUCUCCCCUUUGGAACGGUUAUAAUUUACCUCAUAUAUCUUGUAAUAAACAAUGAAGUUCAAUGUUCAUAUUUUAAAAACAUAACGAAAACGUCAGAUGGCAUCACAAAAACAUCGUUAAAACCAUGCAUCGUUGCAAAUUUUCAAUAUAUUAGAAAACAAUCUGAUUAAAAUCAGCUCCUCCAUCCGAUCCUCAUGUUUUUUAAUCUCGCUACGCGAUCCUCGUGUAGCGACAUUAAAAAAAGAGGACCUCAUUUUGAUCAGAUUCUAUAUUCGGAAUGGUUGUAUCCUACGUUAUACUUUCGUAGAAUGGUUAUAUCCAGCGUUACAUUUGAAUUAUCAUUAAUAAUCGUCUUAAUCGCAAAGUUUUCGUCCUGACGUUUAUGGUAUACAUUUGUAAUGAUGUUGUCUUUUCACUGAUGUAAUUGAAUUGCAGGUGCGUUUUUCUGUUUUCUAUCAAAAUGAAGAAAACGAACGACUGAGACCAAUUUACAAGAAAUUUUCAAACAAUGUUGAAGUGAUUGAGCAAGUGGUAGGGGAUCACGCCGAAUGCUACAUGCAUCAAUCAAACCAGAAUUCAUUGCGUCACCUGAUAGGUUAUAUAAUUCUUAAGAAGUUUCUGUUUGAAUAAAAUAUGGGUCACUUUCCCUUUCCACAGUAAAUUACCGUUGGGGUUGAUUGAACUAUAGGAUUAAACAUUCUUUUUGAAGAGUUUAUCGAUGUGUAAACUCCGGACAUUUUAUUAACAAUUGCAAAAAUUUGAAUAGUUUCCCCGCACUAUGUUAUUUGUUUUCAGGCGUGUAUGAAUACAUCGCGUUUUCGUGUUUAUUGAUGUAUAAACUCUUGCUCAGCUUUAUUUUUGUCCAAUCAAAACAAUUGUAAUAAAUAACAUUGGAAUUAUUCUGCGUUAAAAGCAAGAUUGCAUCCUGUGUUUGGAUGGUUGUAUCCAAAUGACGUUCGACCACGGUGGACAUAAGACGCCACUGUUACAAGGACACAACAUAUCCGUACAACAUGAUAACCCAGAGAGUAACCUGCCGGAUAUAAGUCUGCAUGACGAUGCUAAGAUGAAAUAUCAUUUUAUCGACAAUCGCAUACCAGAAUCUACUUUAUGUUCCGUUAGCCUCAGCUUAACCUUGCCAAGUGGACUAGGCUUGUUUUUUGGCAUGACAGGCAGAACCAGUAACACAGUGUUGAAUUGAAAAAAUGUCAUUUAUUAAUAAAAUGACGAAAAUGAAACUUGACAAAAUAAUGGGGGUCAGAAAAGACUAGAAAACAUUGGUAAACGUCUUUGGAUAAGUAUUAUGCAAUCUGACCCCCAGCAAAAUCUAACAUAAAGAUAUAUGGGGGCCAAAAACAUGACCCCCAACUACUUUCCGAUUUCUAUCGAAACUGUAUAAGGACACAAGGAAAACGACUGGAGAAACAAAACGAUACUGCCAGCGCAAGUGGUUUCUCAUGUUCAUUUUCAUUGGUUAUUCCAAAUUGCAAGACGUUAUUUACUGUAUUGGCUCUCGUUUUUUCCCUUGGCCUGACAGUGCUCAUCGCCAUGGUAAGGAAUUAAUAUGAAUGGCAUAUGAUAACUGGAAGGAUUUGAAGUGCCAUGCUGUAACGGAUUAUCAUCUCUCCUCAAUGGCCAGAAUGAGAAGAUUCAUUGAUACAUAUCGAAUGCCUUCAAAACGUGUGAAUGUUUCUAUGAAGUUCAAUGCCUCAGAAAUGAUGAACAAGAAUCACGAAAUUCUAUCGUCAAUUACAAAAUAACUUAUUGUUUGUGAUAGAGGAGGAAUAGCAUUACGUGGCCACAGAUAUGAUGAUACAAUUAAAUGUCAGGAUUACAAUUAAGGAUGUACAUGUACUCUCGUAGCAAUUUUACCGUGAGUGAGUCUCCAUACUUUUUAAAGUCGUAAAUAUAGGAAUGAGUGUGUUUUAUUUUAUAUGCACAAAGUAGAACAUUAAUAUGUGUUUUUGUUUGUUAUGAGUGUAAAUAAACUAACAAAAAAUUAAUUAAAACAUGACAAUUUCUUACUUUUUCUCUCAUUUUACGACAUUCUUGAUGACGUUACGAUUGAGCUCGAAGAUAUGAACACUGUACGAUGUCAAAUUCAGUCUAUUCUAAAGCAGUCCAGAAAUAUACACGGGCGAUUCGUUAGAAGUAAAAGGGCAGUUAUAGAUCAGGCUGCAUAUGAUAUUCUCAGAAGUGAGUGGCAGACGAAAAGAAAAUGCAUACAAGCAGGAACAACCACAUACAUUGUGAUACAGUACAUAGUGCCAGACGACCGACGAGAGGGCUACAUCCAUUUGGUAACCACAGAGAGAGGGAUGCGUCAUAGUGUCAUCAUAUGAGGAACCAUACCAGGAAGUGCACAUUUCUUCCUCAUGGCCACAUGGAAGUUGACUGUUAAAACUGGUUUCUGGAUAACAACUCAAGUCCAUUUGCCCCAUACCAGCAAUUGACCAUGUGAUACAAAGUCGUGCUUGUAACAAAAAGGUUUCGGAAUUGACGGACGAUUUUGGUAGCAUAAGUGGAACCAGUGGAUGUAAUUCAUCUUGCAGUGCUUCCUUUUUCUAUGAAACUUCAAAAACAAAAAAUUACAUGUACGACAUUUAUACAACGGUGAUAUAUAACGCCGCGAACAAAAAUAGAAAUGCUCCAGCGUCAGUGAGUUUCAGUGCUGAUUGUAAACAGAAGAAGAUCACAAACAUACAAGAACCACUCUUCAUAGCAUGUACGGGAAUGGAGAACAAUGGUUACUUUUCUCAACACUGGUGCAGAAAUGGUUCAGACUGUCUUGAGAGUCAAGAUUGUAACCUUUUUGGAGAGCUUCAUGUAGGAAUAUGUUCUUGUAAAAAAGACUUUUUUCUCCUAGGAGAGAAAUGCCAACAAGGUAAUCUUCCCCUUGGUACUGAGUGCGAUGAUGAUUUUCAGUGUCCGGGAGAUAACAGGGGAUGUUCUGCACCGGAUAACAGUUCCAUAAAGAUAUGUUCAUGUAAUGUCGGUUACACAGACAUACAGAACAUAUGUGUCAAAAGUAAUUUGACGUUCAAUGUCAGUUGCAUUUUCGAUGAGCAGUGUAAUGGGACUACAAACUCCGGUGUAUGCAAUAACAGAAUGUGUGACUGUCUUAAUGGAUAUUACUACGAAGAUCAAAUGUGUUAUCGUGCAAUAGCCGAAAGUGCAACUGAUCCACAACUACUUCAAGUUAACUACGAGAAUCCAGACAGUACUUUAUCUACUGGACACGUUGUCGGUGCAGCAGUAUCCGGUUUUGUAUUAGGUGCAGGUGUCUGCCUUGUCAUAUUCUGGAUUAUGAAAUUUCGACAGAACAGGAGACAACACUCAAGGAGUCCUGAGGUUCAGUUUGCAAAUAAUCCUAGUUACGAAAAAGGAGUAAAAAUAAACCUAAACGAUAGAGCAGUGGGAACACCUGAUGGAAAGAAGGUAUCGCAUGUACGUCCAGUCAUAGAAAACGACGCCGAGUAUUCAACCGUUGAAAGCAGCAAGCAUGAUAACGAUACUGUAUACAUGUACAAUCAUCUACACGAGAAGGGAGGGGAACCAGACUUGGAUGAUUAUGACCAUGCUCAGGCAAUCACUGACGGGAUGGCGACUGACGAGUAUUACACUGAAGUAGGCACCGCACACACCGACAGAGAGGCACACGACGUUACGGAUAGGGAAUAUGCCGUGACAACAGGACAACAGAACGUGGAUGAUUACUUUACAUUGGAAAGGCAGUAAAGUGGAAAUUUAGGGAGGAAGGCAGCCAUUAUGACGAUGUAAAGUACCACAUUGACCACACUGGAGCGUCACGGGGCCUAGAAUGCAUUGACAUAGACUACACUGGAACGUCACAGGGGCCUAGAAUGCAUUGACAUAGGAUUGUUGGAUGCAUUGUAAAUGACAUUUUAAAGCGACUCUAGUUUGUUAUUUGCGUGUACUAUCACAUGUACUAAUAAUAAGUAGCUGUUAAGGAAAUCAGUAUACAAUUCGUUAUUCCCAUUAUUACUUCCUUGCUGGUGUGUUUUAAAACGUCAUUUCAUUAAAAGUUAAAAUUAGGUAAACAUAUAAUCAUGUCUUAAAUGUAGGUAUUUUGAGCAAUGUAUAAUGCACAUGAAUUCGUGAUAACAUUUCGAAAUAUUGAAGAUUGUUGUACCUGUUGAUUUUUAUUUUGAUAAUUUUGUGCUUGUUUUAUUUUUGGCUCAGUGACCUUGGUAGACGAUCAGGCAUAUCGUCACAGUUUACAUAGAGACAUAAUUGUUAUAGACCAUACCAUACACACACUGUAAUUGUUAUAGACCAUACCAUACACACACUGUAAUUGUUAUAGACCAUAACAUACACACACUGUAAUUGUUAUAGACCAUACCAUACACACACUGUAAUUGUUAUAGACCAUACCAUACACAUACUGUAAUUGUUAUAGACCAUACCAUACACAUACUGUAAUUGUUAUAGACCAUACCAUACACACACUGUAAUUGUUAUAGACCAUACCAUACACACACUGUGCGAGUUACUGUUCGUGUAAUGAAUGAUAUUAAGGAUCAGAAGGUCCAGUUGCAAUGAAGUCAGUUAAGUUUAACUGACAGUCAAUUUUAUUUAACGCUAUAUAAAUGUUCAAGUGCAUGACAAUUUACUGUCAUUUAAAGUUAACUAACCUUCAUGCAACUUUAAAGCAGUGCGACUUCAACAUUGUAUGAAGGCUUAUUUCCCCAUCAUUACAUUAUACUCAGUUUAGGUGUUUGAUCUGUAGGAUCUAAGAUGACUAUUCAAGAAGUAACUCCAAUUUACAUGUACUAUACAGGUCUUGAAGCUCCGCCCUAACAUCACAUCCUCAAACCCAUGGGUCAUACGUUUUUAACCAUUGGUAGAGGAUUCUCACCUUAACAUUACUAUAUACUCAGUUUGUAUAUUUUAUGUCCAAGAGUAAAGAAGUAGACUUUGAAGGCUCUUUUUAUCAUCAUCGUGUGAUGUCGGCUGAUUGCUCAGGAAAGUUCAUGAAUUGUUACCGAUUUAGAUAUUUAUUUAGAUCUAAUGUAGUACAGUAGUAUGUAUUAAGAAUAAGGCUUAUAUUAAGACUUAUUACGUUUCUUCACUUUGGUGGUCUUAUUUUGACAUACUACUUUUAAAGGUAGUGUUUGCAUUUCCAUGAUUUAUUUAACCAUGGAACCAAAUAACCUGUCUAUAAUGUUUUACAAAAUGUAGAUAGUUACCAAGCUAUUAAAGCAAAACUUUCAGGUCUUCUUUAUUAUCAAGUGAAAUAUUUUAUUUGAAGAGUAUAACAAAGUCAAAUAAAAUUUCUGUUAUGUGAUAUUAUUUUAGAAUAUUGCAUAACGUGCAUUCAACCCUAGUGUCAGUAACUAUCUGUUCAUUCUGUUGUGUAAAAUUUAGAUUAUAUUUAUGCUCUGUUUAUUACAUAUAAGUUAAUCCACCUAGAAACUUUUUAAACUUACCCAUAACCACGUGUAUAUACAUGUAUAUAACAUGUCAAAUAGUGAUGUUUUCUAUAUUUUGCAUUUCUAUGAAUUUUGUUUUGUAUAAUUCUAACUUUUAUUUUCCUAUCGUGUUCUUUAUUUUUUUUUUAUAUUCACAAUACGUCAUAUGUAUUGCAUGUUUAUUAUAUUGCAUUAUAUAAUAAAAUAAUAACAAAUUAAA